UACAGAGCAGCUCUAUAUAUAGUGUACAUUGUUGACGGACUUUCACAUGGAUUGACGCCCUUUGUAAAAGUCAAGUCAUCUGGCGCAUUUCGUCGAACAUUUGGUGCUCACCUCUCCUGGCGAUUUGAAGUUUCAGGCGCGGGAAAUCAUUAGGUCAAGAAUUUUGAACUUUCGUCUGGCGAAGAAAUGGGAGAUUAUCCUGAUGAUGAUGAUGAAUCUAGGUCUCGCCAAAAAUCCAGAUCCUCUGAAAUGCAUCAUCGUCUUCCAGUUCAUACUUCGGAUGGGGGCAUGCGUUUCGAUGCACAAGAAGCAUGCCGUCGCUUUAGCAGGGGCCAAUGUGCAAAGGGUGAACUAUGCCGUUACGCGCACGUUAUCGGGAAUGUCAGGGGAACUGAAGGCGAGAGAGGCCAUUGGGCAAUGAGUCAGAGGAGAACCGAAAGGGUGAAUUUCUGUCAGUUUUUCCUUGGUGGUCUGCCAUGUCCGUACGGUAGCAAGUGCCGUUUUCUCCAUGAAGCUAGCGGAAACCAGGGUGACUCGAGCAUGUGCAGCGAGUUCAGGGAGAGCUCUGCAAUAUGCAUUGCAACUAACAACGAUGAACGCAGAUCGAAGAGACUUAAUGUGCGUCAGAAUCCCAAUCCGGUCUGGGCGAAGACAAAGCUUUGUUUAAUGUGGGAGAAAAUGGGCAGCUGCUGGUAUGGUUCCACCUGCACCUAUGCUCAUGGAAAUGCAGAACUGCGCAAUAUUGAUUACCCAAAUCCACUGGACUCUUCAAGAGGCCAUGACGUCGAUACUGCAUCAAAGAAUACAGAAUCUGGGACUGUGCAGCAUGGCAAGCAGUUCUUGUUCAAAUGGACAGAUGUCAGGAAGGUCAGCCAAGUCUAUGCUGAUUGGAUAGAUGAUGAUGAUGAUGCAUCAGGCAAAGAUGGAGAUGGUAACUAACUGAGAUUAUUAAGUAUGCAAAUGGAAACACUGUUUUUAUUUUUUAGGUAGUAGGAACAUAUGUCUUUGCCUGCACUGCAUUUUUGUCUUUUCACAUUAGGAAGCUGCUUCAAGUUUUGACAUAUGCUGUUUUCCUUGUUGCAUAGAAUCUGUAUAUAAUUGGGGGAUAAACCUAAACAGCAAUACUUGAAGGGGAAUUCAUAUAAAUGAAAAUAGUUUUUGCUUCUUGAGUUGUUGACAGGAGCCAUGGUAUAUUUACUGUCUCAUCUUUGACAAUUAACAAAGUGUUCACUUUGUCUGACACAACUUUAGCUCUAUGGGCUUGACUGACUGAUGCUAUUAACAGUUUGUUUCAAUAUCUUACAUUUGAAAUAAAGAACAUUACUUUACACCCACU